CUCUGCAACGAAAAAAUCACAAAAUUUAAAAAUUUAUCUAAUGUGAAAAUUUAAACUGCAUUUCACACUCAUCAUAUGGACCUUCUCCGCCUAUACAUACACGGGCCUGUAUCUAUAUUCGAUUGCGUACAAGAAUUUUAGCUUCAAAAAAAUUUGCAGCUCCCUCGAGAGGUAAAAUAGAUUAUUGAUAAAUUAAUUCUAGCUACACUUCUUUAGGGCAUGUAUGUGUGUGUAUAUGUAUGUAUGUAUAUAUGCGCCAUAUAAAAAUUCUAGUCCCCUCUCUUUCUCUCUCAUCGGCGCGCGGAGCAGUUGAAGAAAAACAGAGAUCCCUAUUCCAAUUCUAAUCGUACUUUCCAAUUUGACGCCCGGAACCGUGAAUUUCUCGGACGAAUUUCGAGCUUCGGUUGAUUGUAGAGGGGACUGUAUCUGCUAUUGCCUCUGCGUGCGGCUUUCGGAUGCCAUUGGAGGAGCUCUGCAAUUCUGAUUAGGGUUUUGAGUUUGGUCGAUUUGGGUGUUCCUUCGGAGGGACAUGAUAAUAAAGAAGAGCUUGAAAACGGUAAUGCCGAUUAUGAAACGGUGCCGCGGCGCCGACUCGGCGGGUGACGACGACGAGUCGUCUUCCUCCAGCCGGAAAAAACGCAGAGCCGAUGGCUAUUAUCGUCUGGACCUCCUCGGCAAGGUUGCCGCCGGCAUAAUUCCAUUCAAUGGAUAUGGAAUUGAAAAAAUCACCGAGGAAGUUAGCGAGGGGAAGGGCGGUGGCGCUACACCGUUGAAAUUAAAGGAAGAAUCGAAGGAAGAGUCACCGCCGCCGCCGGUGAGAACUUCGCGCGGUAGGGUUCGCUUAUUGCCGUCACGCUUCAACGAUUCGGUGCUCGACAAUUGGAAGAAAGAGGGGAGCAUUAGCACUGGUAAGAACACAGUAAGAAACUCUGGUCAGGACACAGAUUACGUACCGUUCGAAAAGAAGGAUAACAGCAAAUUCAGCUCCAAAUCCUUAAAAAUCCGCGGCGAUUUGACCACUGGAAAGAAGAAUAGCUUCCAAUGCCGUAAGUUUUCUCCAUUAUCGGAGGAGGAGAUAGCAGAGCUCAGAAAUUCAUCGGCUGCACUUCAGGAGCAAUUGGAGGAUACUGAGGAGGAGCCAGACGAGUGCUGCGUAGCAAUAAGUAGCGUCGAUCGAUUGCACAGGGCGAAGGAUUUUGCCGAGGGCGACACAGUUUGGGCGAUUUCUGGGAAGAAUUGCCCUGCUUGGCCUGCGAUUGUGCUCAAUCAAGAAUCGCAAGUUCCCCAGCAGGUUUACAACUUUCGUGUUGCUGGCGCUGUUUGUGUGAUGUUCUUUGGCUAUUCUGGAAAUGGGACACAAAGGGACUAUGCGUGGAUUAAGAGCGGGAUGAUCUUUCCUUUCGUAGAUUAUGUAGACAGGUUUCAGGGGCAGACUGAAUUGAACGAUAAAAAACCGAGUGAUCUCCGCUCGGCGAUAGAGGAAGCUUUUCUUGCAGAAAAUGGUUUCAAUGAAAUGCUGUUGUUUGAGAUCAAUGCAGCAGCUGGGAAUUCGGAGUAUCUCCAAUCUCUGACUAGGGGAGUCGGGACCUCUGAUUCGGAUCAGGUGCAAAAUUGCAAUUCGGUUUCACCGGUUGUAAAUAUGAAGAACGAGUCAGAAACCUGUGAUGCCUGUGGUGUGUGUGUUGCUCCUAACUUCUCGAGGAAAUCGAGCCAUUCGGCUGCUGGAACCAACCGCUUAUGUGCUUCUUGUGCCAGGUUAAAGAAGAUGAAGCACUAUUGUGGCAUUUGCAAAAAGAUCCGGAAUCAAUCUGACAUCGGAACUUGGGUGCGGUGUAAAGGUUGUAAAGUGUGGGUUCAUGCCGAGUGUGACAAAUUCUCAAAAUGCAAUUUCAAGGAUCUCGAAACAAGUGACUAUUACUGUCCCGAAUGCAAGGCUAGGUUUAAUUUUGAGCUAUCUGAUACAGAAAACUUACAGCUUAAAUCUAAAAACAACAGGCAGAGUAGUAAAAAUUCUUUGCCUGACAAGGUCUCCGUUGUCUGCUCCGGUGUGGAGGGAAUUUAUUUUCCUAGCCUUCAUUUAGUUGUUUGCAAGUGUGGAUCUUGUGGCAUGAAAAAGCUGGCGCUCAGUGAAUGGGAGCGGCACACGGGUUCGAAGACUAAAAACUGGAAAUCGAGUGUCAAGGUGAAGGGUUCCAUGACGCCGCUUGAGCAAUGGAUGCUACAAAUGGCCGAGUAUCAUGAACGUAGUCUUGUUCCUGCUAAACCAGUCAAGCGUCCGUCUAUCCGAGUGCGGAAGCAGAAGCUGCUUACCUUCCUACAAGAACAUUAUGAACCUGUUCCUGCCAAGUGGACAACAGAGAGAUGUGCAGUUUGUAGAUGGGUUGAAGAUUGGGACUUCAACAAAAUUAUAAUCUGCAUUAGAUGUCAAAUUGCUGUUCAUCAAGAAUGCUAUGGCACGAGAAAUGUUCGUGAUUUUACUUCAUGGGUCUGUCGAGCCUGCGAGACACCUGAUAUCGAACGGGAGUGUUGCCUCUGCCCUGUUAAAGGGGGAGCUCUAAAGCCGACGGAAGUUCCACCAUUAUGGGUUCAUGUUACUUGUGCUUGGUUUCAACCUGAUGUUUCUUUUGCAAGUGAUGAGAAAAUGGAACCUGCCCUUGGAAUACUGAGAAUUCCGACGAGCUCUUUUGUGAAGAUUUGUGUAGUUUGUAAGCAAAUUCACGGCUCCUGCACGCAGUGUUGCAAGUGCUCCACGUAUUACCAUGCGAUGUGUGCAUCGAGAGCAGGUUAUCGUAUGGAGUUGCACUGCCUGGAGAAGAACGGCAAACAAAUCACGAAAAUGGUUUCUUAUUGUGCUUACCACAGGACACCGAAUCCUGAUACGGUUCUUAUUGUGGAGACUCCCAAGGGAACUUUCUCCGCUAAAAGCAUGCUCCAAAACAAAAGGCACACUGGCGCGAGGAUGAUUUCGACCAGUAGGUUGAAACUUGAGGAACCUCCUGAGGAAGAUACCAGCGAGGUUGAUCCGCUCUCAGCAGCCGCUUGCCGAGUCUUCAAAAGAGCAAACAACAAGUGGCGGACGAGUAAAGAAGCUGUCAUCCACCGAAUCAUGGGGCCUCGGACUCAUCCGAUGAGUGCGAUAGAGAGCAUGAACGCUAACAGAAAAAUCGAGAAGAUGAAGACGUUCUCCACCUUCAGAGAACGGCUUCAACAUUUACAGAAAACAGAAAUGGACAAAGUGUGCUUUGGCAGAUCGGCGAUACACAGAUGGGGAUUGUUUGCGCGUAGGAACAUCUCCGAAGGAGAAAUGGUUGUCGAAUAUCGCGGCGAACAGGUUCGACGCAGUGUUGCGGAUCUUAGAGAGGGGCGUUAUCGUGCAGAGGGCAAAGAUUGCUAUCUAUUCAAAAUCAGCGAAGAAGUUGUGGUGGAUGCUACAGAUGCAGGAAAUAUUGCUCGGUUGAUAAACCAUUCAUGCAUGCCCAACUGCUACGCAAGGAUCAUGAGCGUAGGCGAUGACGAGAGCCGGAUCGUUCUUAUUGCGAAGACAAAUGUAGCUGCUGGCGAUGAAUUAACGUACGACUACUUGUUUGAUCCUGAUGAAGCUGAGGAAUUCAAGGUUCCUUGCCUAUGUAAAGCUCCAAAUUGCAGGAAAUUCAUGAACUAGUUUUCCUUGGAGAUGGAGAUCUCACCGGUUAGUUGGCAAAACUUGAUAUCUAAUAUUUAUUCUUGUGUUGAAGGAACACAAAAUUUUGUGAGUAUGGGAGGAUGAUGAUGUAGAAGUAGGAUGGGAUGGAUUAGUGGCCAUAUAUCGAGUUUCUAGAAGUUGAGAAAUUUUACAAUCUAGGAAGAGGAAAGGGAGGAGAGGGGCAUCUUUUUGUAUAAAUGAUAAAAACAUUGAACCACAUAUACACAAUAGUAAUAAUAAUAGUAGUAAGUAGUAGUCUGUGAGUUGAGUAUUUAUACGAUAAAAUUGGUAUUUGAUGUGAUUUAUUUAUUUAUUUUUCCACUUUUGUUGAUAAAUAGUGUUUAGAAAAAUGUACAGUAAACAGAAUCAGGCUCUCUUUUGGAUCUAGAAGAAUCUGUUCAUUGAUCACGCCCCAAGUAAACUCAAUAUUGCUCAUGCCAUGAGAUUACGAAAAAAGAGGUUUGAUUGACUGGAGAUUUUUAAAAGGCUGUAUUGAAAUUGGAUUUGAGUUAUUGAAGAGAAAAAAUUUA